GCCUGGGGCCGCGGGUGUGCGGGACUCGGCGGGGCGCGGCGGGGCCCCCCUUCCCACCAGCCCCCAGUGGAUCCGGGGGAGCCCCUGAGCUGGGUGGUCCCGCGGGUCGGGUAUCGGGGCCUGCCCCGCUGUGCCGGCCCUCGGCAGCGGGCGGGAGGCCCGGGCCGGGCGGUGAGGCGGCCCCGCCGGGAGCGCGGCGGGCGGGCCCGGGCCCCGCCGGGAGCCGUGCGCGGGGUCGGUGGGCAGGGCCCCAGCCGGGCCCGGCCGCUCGCUGGAGGCCGCCUGUGCCGGUGAGCUCCCGGCUGCGCCUGUGCUGACCGCAGGGAAGCGGAACAGACCCGGGGGAGCCUUUUCGUUUAAGGACUUGUGUGGAAUGGUUUUCAUAUGCUGAGCUCCAGCUUGUAUUACCUCAUUGCUGCACGUUGAGAACUUGGUAAAAAGCAGGAAGUCGAGAUGAAGAGCAGGGUGACACAAGUAAAUCAUGGUUCGGGCCACGAAAGGAAGGAAAACUACAGCUCCCGACAUGGAAGUUUGUCUCCAGAGGACAGUAGGGGCAUGGAGCGUAACAGGUCUCGGUCUCCGUCUCCCAGGAAGAGGAGGUACUCUGAUGACAGCAGAUACGAUGAGGAGUAUUCAAGACGGGAAUACUACGAUGACAGAACUUCAGAUGGAAGGAGGAUGGAAAGGGGGAGAGACAGACACUAUGAGAGAUGGGAGGACAGAGAGUAUGAUCGAAGGAAGCAGAGAAGAUACUCGUCACCUGACCGCAGGAGUCCAGAGAGGUCGACAGGCCAGAGCUCACUGGCUCACGAUGAGCCCACCUCAAAGAAGAAGAAAGAAGAGGUGGAUCCAAUCCUCACUCGCACAGGCGGUGCGUACAUUCCACCUGCCAAGCUCAGGAUGAUGCAAGAGCAAAUCACGGAUAAAAAUAGCUUGGCAUACCAGAGGAUGAGUUGGGAAGCCUUGAAGAAAUCAAUCAAUGGUCUUGUGAAUAAAGUCAACGUUUCUAAUAUAGAAAACAUAAUUCAUGAGCUCCUUCAGGAGAAUAUUGUUCGGGGAAGGGGGUUGCUGUCAAGAUCCAUUUUGCAAGCUCAGAGCGCCUCUCCGAUUUUUACUCAUGUUUAUGCAGCUCUUGUGGCAAUUAUCAAUUCAAAGUUCCCAAAUAUUGGUGAAUUGAUCCUCAAGAGGCUGAUUCUGAAUUUUCGUAAAGGGUAUCGCAGGAAUGACAAGCAACUCUGUCUAACAUCUUCAAAAUUUGUUGCACAUUUGAUGAAUCAGAAUGUGGCCCACGAGGUUUUAUGUUUGGAAAUGCUCACUUUGCUGCUUGAAAGGCCUACUGAUGACAGUAUUGAAGUUGCAAUUGGAUUUAUUAAAGAGAGCGGGCUCAAAUUAACAGAAGUUUCUCCUAGAGGUAUUAAUGCAAUCUUUGACCGCCUCCGACACAUUCUGCACGAGUCGAAGAUCGAUAUGCGUGUGCAGUACAUGAUAGAAGUCAUGUUUGCUGUGCGGAAGGAUGGCUUCAAGGAUCACCCAAUCAUCCCAGAGGGAUUAGAUCUGGUGGAAGAGGAGGAUCAGUUUACUCAUAUGUUGCCAUUGGAAGAUGACUACAACCCAGAGGAUGUUCUUAAUGUUUUCAAGAUGGAUCCGAACUUCAUGGAAAAUGAGGAGAAAUACAAAAUGCUGAAGAAAGAAAUUCUUGAUGAAGGUGACACUGAAUCUGAGGGAAAUGAAGAAGCUGGUAGUAGUGAAGAAGAUGAAGAUGAUGAUGAAGAGGAGGAUGAAGAUGGUCAGAAAGUUACUGUCCAUGACAAAACAGAAAUCAACCUGGUCUCCUUCCGUCGUACAAUUUAUCUGGCUAUUCAGUCGAGCUUAGACUUUGAAGAAUGUGCCCACAAACUGCUGAAGAUGGACUUCCCUGAAAGUCAGACUAAAGAACUCUGCAAUAUGAUACUUGACUGCUGUGCUCAGCAAAGAACGUACGAGAAAUUCUUUGGGUUACUGGCAGGGCGUUUCUGCAUGUUAAAGAAAGAAUAUAUGGAAUCCUUUGAAGCCAUUUUCAAGGAGCAGUACGAUACCAUUCAUCGAUUGGAAACGAACAAACUGAGGAACGUGGCCAAGAUGUUUGCUCAUCUCCUGUACACUGAUUCAAUUCCCUGGAGUGUCCUUGAAUGUAUAAUACUGAGUGAAGAAACUACCACAUCCUCCAGUAGAAUUUUUGUCAAAAUAUUCUUUCAGGAGCUCAGUGAAUAUAUGGGACUUCCUAAUUUAAAUGCAAGAUUAAAAGAUGAGACCCUGCAGCCUUUCUUUGAGGGAUUGUUGCCUCGGGAUAACCCAAGAAACACUCGCUUUGCCAUCAAUUUCUUCACUUCUAUUGGCCUUGGAGGACUAACGGAUGAAUUACGAGAACAUCUUAAAAAUGCACCAAAGUUGAUUAUGACACAGAAACAAAAUGUCGAGUCAUCAGAUUCCUCUUCAUCUUCAGACUCAGACUCUUCCUCAGACUCUGAUUCAGACAGCAGCAGCAGUAGUUCAGAGUCAUCCAGCAGCAGUGACUCCUCAUCCAGCAGUGACAGCAGCAGUGACUCAGAUGUUUCUAAAGCCAAAAGAAAGAGAACACAAAAGAAAAACAGAGAAUCUGAUAAAGUUUCCAGGAAGAAACAAGAAAGGAGAAGGAAAUCACCCGAAAAGAAAAUUGGAAGGAGGCAGCAAGAGGAAAGAAGUGAUACUGAGAGCAAAUCAGAAAGAAAUCACCGGCAUGUAAGGGAAUCGCACAGGAGAGAGGAUGUCUCAAAGCACCACCACAGAGACGAGCCCAACGGCAGAGACGGUUACCACAGCGGGAGGGACAGGAACCAUGAAAGAGGCAAGGAUCCAGAAAAUAAACACAGUAAUUCCAAACCGAAGAAAGCAGAAAGAAGAGCCUCCGUGUCUGACGAUGAAAACCACAGGCAUCGGAGCAAAGACGAGGGGCAUCGUAGCAGGAGAAGAGAGAGGUCCAAGUCCCGAGAGAGGGAGCGCGGCCACGGCAGCCCGCGGGAGGAGGAGCGGGAGGAGCGGCCCAGGAACGGCCCGGAGAAGCAGCGGGACAGGCAGGGCCGGGGCCCCGAGCAGCACCGGGAGCCGCGCAGGAGCGACGACAGGCGCCGGGAGAGCUCCCCGCACCGGCGGAAAUGACGGGCAGAGUGCGCUGCCAGAACUGCGCUGUAAAACCGCUCUCUGAAGUUUCUUUACAAAAAAGAUUUUGUACAAAGCCAUGGUUUGCAUUUGUAAAUUUUACCAGACUUUUUCAGAUUUUCAGUACCUCUUUUUUAUAACUGUAACGUUGGGUCUUUCUGUUAUGUUCUUUGUUUGGAAAGACAAAGCUCUUUAUUUUGUGAAUAAAACAGUAAGAUACCGGCAAA